AUGUCCUCUUCCAAAUCUCGCGUUUCCAACAUGGAGAUGGCUUUAUUGCUGGCGAAGAUUAAUCCAAGUUCAAAUACUCGCUCCUGCACUCAAUGUACACGUCAAGUGCCGAAGACCCAGCUCCUCCUGACUUGCGAGCAGUGCAGGGACAAGCAAAAACGAAAAAAGGCUAGGCGAAAGGAAAGACAACUUGCAGGCGAUGCUGGGCCUAUGUCACUGGCGAAAGCUACAGCCAUUAUCGAUGAAUACGAGAGGGAGGAGGCGGCAAAAGCAGCGAAGAAACCGUUGAAGAAGAAGAGAGAGGAUUGGGACGAGAUAGAGGUUGAAAUGGGCGAGGAUUGGGAUUCUAUGAAAGAGAGGCUCAAAGCCGAAAUGGCUGCAGGCAAGGGAAAGUCGGGAGAGAAGCGCAAAGCGGCGCCAUACGGCUCUUUGUAUGCAGCUGGGAUAGCGCAUGACCGUACAGCGAUCGCAGAGUGCAUGGCCAUCGUCAACGCUGCCCAUGCUAACGUGUCAAGUCCUUCCCUUUCUGUGCCUUCUCCCCGCCAGGAAAUCAUGGAGCCGCUACUGAAACGUCAGAAAAUUUCGGAGAUGGUACCACCCAAGCUAUCGGAUAUCCCAAGCAUCGCGUCUUCUUCCAAAAGCAAGGAUUCCAUGAGACAGAACACGACAGCUCCAGCGGAUCAAGCGACCUGCGACAAGAAAAAUCCCGAAAGGCUACCCAAGCCUCGAGUAAUAAAGCAAGCUACUUUGGGGAGUUAUUUUAAACCCAAAUAG